UCACAUUCAUUUCAAAAAUUUUCAUAUUCCGCCGCUUCACUUCCCUGCUCCUCUCUCUCUCUGGCGAUUCAGGGACAAAAAGAUUUCACCUGAUCAAGAGUUUUGAAACUCAAAUCUCGCCUAUCUCCUCUCUUUCUCUCUCUUCUCUCAGAUCUGGAAGGUGAGCUCCUGUGGAGGAGAUUAGGGUUCCGGCGAAUCGGAUGAUAAACCACCGUCCUCUUGUUGAAGUAACGUAUCGUCUCGACGAUGGUAAACCUGGAGCCGCAGCGGCGAUUGCUGUUGAUGCAGACCAAGUUUUUCUGAAAUGCUUACAAACAACACGAAGUCCAGCAGAUGACGGGCUUAAAUUUUGCUUAAUGACUCUAGGUUCGGGUGAAAAUGUAGGAUUCUAUUGUGAAAAUGCGAAGAGGAGCUGUUAAUCCAAUAGCUAUGUUAGCACGACACCUAAACAUACCAACUUUUCUUGAUCAUGCAUUCAACAUUACUGAUAAGUUUGUUGAGCUUCGUUGGUUGUGCUUUAAUGCAGUCAAAAGCAUCAUGAGACAGGUUAUGCAUGAUGCAACUGGUGUGCGAUUGCUAGCUGCACGCCAAGUUGAUGGCUGUUAUUUCUCGGGUGUGAUCUAUAGUAUUAUGGCGGUGGUUGUUGGAGGUUCAAGAAUUUUGUUUUUUGAUUUUGGCAUUCAAGAUCUUUCUAGGAGUCUAAAAUCAAAGAUUAAAGCCGCACAUUCUUAUGCAUUCCCGGAUUCUUCAAGGUUGGUAGCACUUGAUGAACGACCAAAUCUAGAAGAACUUGCUGAUGAAGCUUGGUUUUGGGGUGCAUUUGGCUUAUACGCUUUCAUCAGCAUGGAAUCAGGAUGAAGAGGUCUAGAGACGACGAUGUUGCGAUGCUGGUUUUCAACUUACAUGUAAUUCAGAUGUAAAUCUACAAAUCUAACGUGGAACCUAAACAUGAUAAUGACAAAGACAAUAAUAUAAAUAAUAUAGCAGUGAAGUGAAGCCUCCUCGGAAACCUGGUAUUGUUGACUGCUAAGACAAAUGAUGGCCACAACCUUUUGAUGAAAGCAACAGAUGGAUGUUUGGACAAAGGAAAGAGAAACUACUGGAUUAAAGGACAGCUUGAGGAAAGUUAGCUUACAUGUAUCUUGGUAAGUCAAAUAAGUGUGAUGUUUACACACUUAAAUAUUCUAUUGUGGUAGUAACUUCAUUUUACAUUUUGUACAUGAGUUAUAGAACCAUGUACGUUCAACCUUACUUUUUGUACGUCCAGCCUUAAUUUCUAAGAUUCUUGCCUGGCAUGUAAAUCUGGUUUCCUGCACAUAUAAAAUGUAAAAGGCAUUUCUUAGGAAAAACGAUACUGUAUGGAUAUAUUCUUUGAAAGAAAUCUGCAGGAUUCAUGUUCUUAUUUUCCCUCUUAGGUGUGUUCUGCUCCUGUUAUAUAACUACCAUAUCAGUUGUAUUUUUUUCUCAAAUAUUUAAUGAUAAUUUAACCAUGAAAAUUCGGAGCGAUCAUUGCGUCUAUACCUUUACCGAUCAUUGGAGCUCUAUACUGUGUUUUGUUUGCCUACAUGUAUUCUGCUGGUCUAGGAUUACUUCAAUACUGCAACCUUAACAGUUAUCGAACAAAGUUCAUACUUGGUUUCUCACUCUUCAUGGGUCUUUCCGUCCCACAAUGCUUCAACGACUAUGUGGUAACAACUGGAAAUGGCCCUGUUCACAGUAGAUCCACUUGGGUACAUACAAAUAUUUUCCGCAACUAUUUUUCGUGAUUAUUUUUUUUUCGCUGAUAAAACCACCCGCUAUGGGCUAACUCCCGGGUCCAGGUGGCAUGGCGGUUGGCGUGGUGGGGUGGGGCUCACCGGUAGAGGGGGUGGGUUUGGGGCAUCGGAGGGGUCAGCGUGGAGGUGGUAACAGCGUGAAAGGACGGGGUAGUGGGGGCCAGCCCAUCAACCAAUGAGAUGAUCUGUUUACUUUUCAGAUUUUAAUAUUAUUUUAAUAGGGGUAGUGUGGAGUGAGAGGGGGUGAAAAAAGUGAAGGAAAGUGGUGUGGUAAUGUGGCAGUGACGUUGAUUAAAAAAAGCCUUGAAACCAUUGUGGAUAGCCUAAACGGGGCGUGUUCGCGGGCUGGUAGGUGGAACUCAACACAAAGCCGAUAUUCAUGUUAUGCACACGAACACAGUACAUAUGGCAAUUUGAACUUCAUUUUAAAUGUUGGAUGCUGAAAUUCAUUUGUAGGAGUAAGUGCCACUUGGCUAUUAUUAUCAUAAGAUGUUAAGUUGCAUAGGUAGUUUUUAUAUUGUUUUAAAUUGUCGUGGGAUUCUCACUCCAUUGGUUACUUGUACAAUUAAGUCGGUUAAUUCGGUUACGGUUUUGUUA